UCAGAAAACACGCUCGUGUGAAUACACGGUAACGGUUCCUUUCCGCGAUCCCGGAUUGUUGGCAAAGUGCGGCCCCCGGUGAAAUAUGGGUACCGAAUGCGAGCAACGGUCUCAUCCUAUAACGUUCGAGGGAGAGAACGACAUAUGGUAUGGAAAUGAAGCGGAUAGAUGGGACGAAGAGCCUGAGUGUUGCCGUUUGUCUUUAUCCCCUUUGAAGAUCCCGCAUGCAGUUGUCGAGACUGGUACUGGGUCCACCCCGAGUCAGGUUGGAGUUCGUAGCGACUUGGAUUCAUUCCUAAAGGAAUACCCACCGCGGCACCGCAAAGUGAGCACUUAUAUUGCACGCUUCAAGAGCUUCGCAAACGCACAAGACAUUUCUAAAGGAAAAUGGGGCACACUGGCUCACAAUGGAUUCUGCUAUACAGGAGACAUAAUCGCUUGUUUUCACUGUGGAGGUUUACACGCUGGCUGGAGAGACGAUGAUGAUCCAGUUGUUGAACACAGUCGCUGGUUUCCAGAAUGCGCCUUCAUGCGUUUUCAUGUGGGUGAUGAUGUCGUAAAUUACAUCGUCAGUGAACAUCACUACCAUUUGAAAGAGCUUAGAGAACGUGGACGAAGGGAAGCGAAAGUUGCCGACAAAGAGAUGGUAGAGGACCUCUUGGAUGGAGAAGACAUUCGUUUCUACGAGAUUGUUGGCAUUACUCUGGAAGUGCUGUACCUCGCAGCAAGCUCGCUAAAACAUGGGGCUACCAAUGAUGACUUAGCGGACAGCAUAGAGAAGUUGUGCAGUUUGAAGCUGGAGACUGAUUGGAGAAAAAUACCCCGCAACGUGCAAGGUUCAUAUCCCCCGCUGCGUGACGUAUUUGUCCGAGAUUGGAAUCCGAAGCAAGACCACCGUGAUCAGGUGAAUUACCGUGAUCAGGCUCUGGGAGGUACUGUUAGCAGUCCUAGCAUCUUCGAACCUUCACGUCGGUCGAAAUAUCCUGAAUAUGCCGACUACAACGAGAGAUUAGGCACAUUUGAAGGGUUCCCAUUUCCCAGUAUGGCCCACUUCUGUCGCUAUGAUCUUGCCGGCGCUGGACUAGUUUACACAAAAAUACGCGAUGAAACAAUGUGCUUCCACUGUGGGCAGAAGCUUUCUCACUGGGAAGCGACUGACAACCCAUACAGAGAGCACCAGAGAUGGCACCCCAGCUGCGAAUACAUCCAGUGGAAAUUAAGCGGAAGGCUGACUGCAAGCUCUUCAUCAGAUCACGCGAUGAAUACAAGCGAGCCCAUGGAGGAAGCGCCCCAAGAAGGGGACGACCGUGACUCAGGGAUCUCGAGCAUGUCUGCCGGAACGUCCACAGAAAACAGUGUAACGACGGAUGCUGCCUCCGAGAUGAGACCUGUGCCAGCCUAUCGUUCCGAAGACGUCUGUGGAAACCAUAACCCAUACCUCGCCCAUCGAGAACCGUAUGGAAAUCGUGUGAACCAAUAUUCUGUACCUCAUAGCAAGCCAAUAUAUCAGAGGUACGCGUCGCUCGCUAGCAGAGAAUCAUCCUUCCAGUCUUAUCCACCAAAUGCAAAGGGAAACAAAGAAAAAAUGGCAAAGGCUGGAUUCUUCUACACUGGUACUGAAGACCGCACAACCUGCUUCCAGUGCGGCAACUCUCUUUCCAAUUGGAGCAACGAUGACGACCCGCUAUACGAACACGCCAGGUGGUACCCAGACUGCGCUUACGUCGUUCUGCAGCUUGGUGACGAGGCAAUCGAGAACAUUAGACGGGCACACAGCAAUACACUGGCAGAGAGAAUGCUUGAGGAAAGGAACAAGUCUGACGGAAAAACGGAGUUCAUGCUAGAGAACCUAAAAUCAUCGUAUCUUGUCCGUCGCCUGAUUUCACAAGACAUCAACCGGGACAUCGUGGAGUUAGCGAUACGAGCAAGGCUUAACAGGACGGGUUUGGUAGACGUGCUCGACGAGCAAGACCUACGCAGGGCGCUAGGUGAAGUCGUGUCCCUACCAGACAACGUCAGAACAAGGGAAGUUCCAAAAGCUGAAGGUGACCUGAGCAAGUGCAUCAAGUGCAAGACAGAAGAUAGACACAUAAUCUUUCUUCCCUGCAGCCACCUUGUCUCGUGCAGUGGAUGUGCCGCAUCCUGCACCGUCUGUCCCUCCUGUGACCGCACGAUCGCGACCACGAGGGAGGGUUUCUUGGCCUGAAAACCGAGAAAAUAAGGGGUAUGCAAAAGACCAGCACCGCCUGUCACGCGCCAAUACAGCUCUCAACAACGGUCACACGCCGCGUGAUGUCCCGACAUCGCAGAAACACAUCGAGAAAGGUGUCAGAGCUAUAAGACAGGUUUAUACUCCGACGUGCGACUGGCGACGCGAACGGUGGCAGAAGAACGUUCUCCGUUGCACUGCCACUAAAUGUCAGAAAAGGUGCGACGACUACGUCAGGGCACACCCGCGUGCGGGUCGGAUAGUUCGGAUGGUUAUCGAGUCGCGAAGCGUGCGUGGCGAGACGCGUAGAACACGCGGUACGCACCACUGGACGUCGACGGGUGGAGAGGACGGAAUUCUGAAAACAUUAUCACACAGCAUGUCAUCAUGUCUCAGAAUGCGGAAAAUUCAAUGGUCCGCUGAAAGCCGAUGGAAGCAAAAGUUCACGUCAGGAGCCGCCGAUAUUUCGAACGACAGUUCAGUUUUCGUUCCAAAUAUCGGCGGCUCCUCUUUAAUCAUAUUUUAUAGGUUAAGUAGAUUACCACGUAAGGUGAAUUUGCCCACAUCGAGCGCAAAUAAGGGUUGCGUAUGGCAAGGAGGAUAGGAUAGGGAUGCGGAUCAUUAACGUGCGCCGAAGGUCCCCGUCAUAUGACGUUGGAAGCAACGCUUAUCAUCUGAACAUUACCAUUAUCAUCCCAACAAAGGAGAAACAUACGCAGUUUCAUUAGCUGUUCUUGUAAUUGUUUGACAAUUGUCUUUGUCAGUGCGCAAAGAGGACUCUAGCCACUGUGGCCAGCGGAGGACUGUGGUCAUGGAAGAUUUGCACAUUCGCCAAACGUUCAAAUCUACCGGUCAUCGUCGCACCAGAACAAGCUGCUGCUGAAUUGGCGCUGAGGGGAGCCACUAUCGUUACGUCGGACUAUAAAUCCGCCUUAUUGCUCAGGUGCAGGCACCAAUCGUCUAUCCCAGGAAUUCGUUCCGAGACACAAAUUCCCAUGUAGUGUGUAAUUCCACAGAUGUGCGCGUUUACACUUACAUUUACGUGAUUAUGCAGAAUUGGUAAUUGCAAUGGAGACAGCUCAUAGUUCAGCAGCAUAUUACUUUAGAAAAAAGUCUCGUAGGAACAAUGAGCAGCUGCCUCGCGCCGUAAAGCCACGAGAAUUAUCAUUGUUACAAUGAAUUCCCGGAUAGCGCACAUAGAUUUGGCGGAGAAGGCAACCAGCCCUUCUUGAUUCUCAGGUUUUCUGGUUGAAGCCGGUAAAAAGCCCCGCUCAGAUUUACCGUUACGGAGUUCGUCCACGAACUUCCCUCUGUCUACGCAAUUUUAUCUGUCUGUGCACCUCUAUUUGCCUUACCGUUACUCGUGGUAACACCCGGAGAACCCCGAGAAUGGAACUCGUGAAAGGGAGACUGAGCUGCUCACGCAUAGACGAGUGAACACUACAUACUCGCCUUUGGGCCCCAACUCUCGUCAUCCCUUGUGUUCUUCUUUUCGCCAUUGUUCUUUUUUGUUUUUCUCUCUCUCUCUCUCGCUUUCACCCGAAAAUAUGCUCUUUCGCUUGACAUCAAUCGAUGCUACCCUGCCAUGAAGUUACUAACAUAAGAGCCAGUGAUAGCCCUGAUACCCCUGAUAUACCUUGAUAUACCUUGAUAUACCAAGUAUAUCCCUGAUAAGAAAGGAACACAUGACCGGAAAACGCAGGGGUCUAUGUGUAGUUGCAACCACCGUUUAGGUAUGAGGGCGGUCUCUACAAGCCAUGCAAGGAAGCGGUGAUGGAAGCGGGUAGGCAAAAUACACUGAUGACGGACAAACCAUAUUUUACGUCGUUUGUACAGAGAGAUGACGGACAUACUUUGAAAGCACAAGUGGGUGAUAAAUAACCGAAGCAGGGCGCUUUUAAAGCCAAUGGAAGCGAGCGUGUCUCGCUUUGACGGUUCUAUGAAUCGUGCGCUGCAGCCUUCGGCCUUCUAGUUGCGACACAGACUCAUUGUCCACGGAGACCAAAAGUCCAUCAGACAACAAAUAAAGUACAUAAAUGUAUCAUGACACUAAUGCACCCAUACAGUCGAACGCAAUAACAAGUAGUGGAAGGUAAAGCAAACUAUUCAAAUACUUCCGUAAGGUGAACUGUGAGCUGUCAUCAUUCGAAUGCAUUAGGACUAGCUGUCAUCAUUCGAAUUCGUCACUAGUUGUGACGUCGCUGGCGUUGUGAUAGGGCUGUGAUGGUUCCAUUUGCAUAUCCCUUAUACAAUAUGGGUUUCGCACCAGGUCGCCUACCCAUAAGUGUAUUGUGAAAAUUAAAAGGAGGGAAAGGCUAGCCACGCUACGCCGGCUUGCUAUUCCCAGCAAAAAAGAAAAAAAGGAAAAGAAAAGAAAAAUCAGGAAAGCACAAAAAAAGACAAAAAAAAACACGGAAUUGGUCACAGUUUACAGGAACCCUAUUGAACUUAGUGCUACCUUUUUCUCUUCUAGUGUCGACCCCAUUUUUAAAGCCCGUCUGACAAAGUGUAACCUCUCUUCCCCAGUCUGUAGUCUUGCUGCAAGAACCGGAACAAUUCAAAGCUACUGUGACUAAUUUCAUCCUUAGUCAACAGUAAUCAUCAUUCCCUCUUGAGUAUUUGUAUGUGACGGUCCCGACCAUCUUAGCAUCUAGUGGCUUGAUGCGCUUUUCUUUCCUUUGUGUUUUGUUGUUGUUUGUUAUAGGAUGUUUAUCAGCUGUUCCUUAUCAGCAGAUGUAUUAAGUGUGUUCUGUUUACUAGGCCGGCCGGCACAGUGUUUCGCUCAGCAAUUUUGAUGUAGUCAUAAUAAUAACACCUUUAUUUUUGUUUAGGUGCCCGAAAACAACCACUAGGGUCUUCUUAUUUGUGCACCACAAAAUGUUAUACAUGUUUAAGUAGGUUAUGAAAAACAAAUGCAUUCAAUAGACAAAAUGGCAACAAAGUUAACAGUGAAACAUCGAAGUUAAACAGAAACAAUGGCACUAAUACUUGUAAGAAACUCAUGAGAUGGAGCGAAAAUGUUAGUCAUAAUCUUGUAAGGCGGAGUUCAAGAUUAGUGUAAUGUUGUAUACACAGUAUACAACUACAGUAUAGUGUAUGCAGUGUACUUUUUUUGCUUUUUCUCAUCAUCGUCUCUUUGUGUGUAUCUGUGUAUGAGUGCUUUUUCUAUACAUAUUGCUUGUGCCCCGUUAUGUAGAGCCGUCGCGGACCUUAGACGUAUGACAAAAAAACGGAAAAAAGAAAAAUCACUUUUACAUUUACUUUGCAGCGUUUGCCAAAAACCCAGGGAAAGCACGCGGGCAGCGCAAGCGCUGCCAAGAUUCGAACCCGGGUCAUCUCAACAUCCCUUUCGUUUGCGAGAGCGUAAAGACGUACACGUAGAAAAAGCGAAACGAGAUGUGAGGUGAAACAGCAUAUAUUUUUAUUCGACCACCCGUAUUUCCUGCCGUGCGUAGGAAACCUCCGUCACACAGUGCUAUCGUGCAGUGUUUAUAUCCCCCACAACCUUACCGUUUCCGCCGUGGAUCGAACCCGUGACUUUGAUGGAAGGUAACUGUUCUGAGGUUGAAACACAAAAACAGAAGAACAGAACUCAAGCCACAAGGCGGUGAUUUUGAGCUGAGUACGGGCCAACACGCACCAGACUGUCUGGCAGAUGCCACAAGCCGAAGCCGUUACCGAAAUAACUAUAGUGCAGUGGAAGUAGAUGUGUCGUCAUUGCACCAUGAUACAGUAUUGCUAAGGUUUCAUUUUGAAGAAGUUCAAGCGCUGAGGAGAAACUCCAGAAGAAGACGGAACAACAAGAAGAGACCAUGCACUUUUUCACCCGGACACGUGCCAUAAUCGGAUCAUGAUAGUGUAUAGGUCUUAGUAUGGUGUAGGGUAGUGUAGUGGAGUAGUAUCGUGGGACCCCAUAUUGACAUCAGAAUUUAUGGUAUCAUAACAAAUCACUUACGAACCUUCACCUCGAUUGCCAUUCUCAGAAUUAUAAAUGCUACUCUUGUGUUCAAGUUUUCUGGCAUCCCAUUAACUACUGAUUUUCAGCAAUGAUACUAGAAGUGAGGAAUAUUGUUAUAUUAUAUGUGACAGGGCCACAAAAAAAGUGUGAUGUAACCCAAUUGAUCGGGGAAAACUUCACAGCGGGAAAAAAACACAGAGAUAAAGAAUGGAAAACCAUGUUGUGUCUUGAAAGUUUUUAAUAAAUACUCAACUUUUA